AUGGGAGGGGGCGCGGGGGGAGCUGAGGUUUUGGGGGAGGGUGAUUUUCGGCCCGGUCCCGAAGCCCUAGACCCCUCGGUCCCGGCCCUCCUGACCCGUUUCUUUCCCCCAGGGCCGUUCCCAGGCCAGCCCUCGUUCCCUGGCCCGGCCCCCCCCGGGUACCCCCAGACUCUGCCGCUGCCGCCCCCCUACCUUGACCCUGCACCUGCAUACCCAGAGGGACCCCUCCUGCCCACAGCCCACGUGACCCAAAAACCCCCAUUAAAGCCCAGGGAUGAAUUCCAGGUGAUUCCCUGCUCCCGCAGGCAGCUCUAUCGUCUCAGUUUCAUCCCCCUGGGUGCUGCUGGCAUCCCCCCCGUGUCCCCAACGUACCCAGGUGCUUCCCUGUACCUGCCCUUGGCCCCACCCCUGCCCGUGGGGGCUCUGGGCUCCCCCGUGGCCUAUUUCCCCCUGGGCCAGGUGUAUCCACCGGGAUCCACAGUGCUGCUGGAAGCGGGGUUUGACACCGGAGCCAGGCUGGGGACAGGUGGCACCAACAGCAUGCCGCCACUGCCUGCCGGGUGCCCCCCAGGUGCCCCCCCAGUGCCCGUCCUGCCCGGAGCCACCGUCCUGCUGCCCCCACGCAAGGGGGGAUUCCUGGGGGGGGCUGGGGCUGGAUUCAGCCUCUGGUGAGGGGGG